AGCGUUCGAAGUGCAAAGUUCUUGGAGUAAAUACUCAGUGAUAUAAUAGUGUCUAGUCGCGAAUUUUUGUUAUAUUGUAAAACGUGUAAAAUGUCUUUGCUUCCAUAUGUUUUGGAUGACUGGCCUUACGGGCCAAGCCGUUUGCUGGAUCAGGACUUUGGAUUGGCUUUAACACCAGACGAUAUUCUAACUGUUGCGGCACCCUUGGUUUCUAGAGAUUACUUCAGACCUUGGAGACAGCUAGCUGCUGCAGCUCGCGACAUCGGCUCCAGCAUCAAAUCCGAUAAAGACAAAUUUCAGCUCAACUUGGACGUGCAGCAUUUCGCCCCUGAAGAAAUUACAGUUAAAACGGCUGAUGGCUUCAUCAUUGUGGAAGGGAAACAUGAAGAGAAGAAGGAUGAGCACGGAUAUAUCUCCAGACAGUUUGUUCGGAGGUACGCUCUGCCCAAAGAAUGUAAUAUGGAGGCUGUGGAGUCCAGAUUGUCUUCGGAUGGCGUAUUGACCGUCACUGCACCGAAACAAACAUCAGCAUUGAAAAACGAAAAAAGUAUUCCAAUUCAACAAACUGGUCCUGUAAGAAAGGAAAUUAAAAAUACUGCGGAGAAGAAGAAAGGCAAGAAGGAACGAAAAUAAAUUUCGUGUGUGGGGAUUUAAAAUUUUCUCUUUAUAAUUUUUAUAAGUUCCGUUGCAAUAUAAGACUGCUAAAGUUUAUUAAUUUCUUAAGACUGCUAUAAUGUUAAUUAAUUUGAUUCUCGAAAUAUAUAAUUUUGUGAAGUAA